GCCUUGGCAAGCCUUUUACACGUGAUAAAGAAAACACCAAAAGCACUUGCAUGCGUGUAUAAAGAUUCAUCAUCAUCAUCAUCAUCUCUCUCUCUCUCUCUCUCUCUAUACACUCCUUCUCAGAAGUCUGAAAACUCACCCAAAAACACCCACAUCCUUUUUUAUCUCCACUUUCGACUCUCUUUCUAUCUCUUCACGUUCUUUUGGCAGCCCCAGCCCAUCUUUUGAACCUCCUGUAUCGGUUUUUGAUGAUUGAAGAAGAGUAUAGAGAGACUGCCUCAUCUGUUUCUCUCCUUCUCUUUUCAUGGUGAGACUGUUUGGUUGGUGGUGACUGAUUUUCAAGUCCUAAAUAGCACUUAAUCUUUGAGAGAGAAAGGGCUAGAAAAGGAACAGUGUAUGUGUGGUAUUGGUUGAAGUUUCUCCCAUUUGGACGAGUGCUUUUGCUUUGGAUAUCAGUUCAGAGGCAGCAAUCCAACAUGCCUAUGAGGCAGAUGAAAGAGAGCUCAGAGCAACACCUAGUGAUCAAAACCCACUUGCAGAACUCCAUGAACCCAGUUCAAAAGCCCCCCAAAACUGCUCAAAAUGGGAAAGGCCCCCCAUCCCAUGAACCUCAGAACGCCAAACCUCACAGCCAAACUUCGCCUUCAUCAAAAAACAGAGGGAGGAGAAGAGGAAGAGGUGGCAGAAAAUCUGAUCAAAGCGAUGUUUUCAUGCGCCCCAGUUCAAGGCCCUGCACUGUAGCAGAUAAGCCAGUUUUGGCGCACCAGGCUGGACCUCUUGUUACUGAUAUUCCUCAUGGGUGUGUCGAAAAUGGGGGCAACAUGUGUGAAAUGGAGAUGGGUUUUCCUUCUUCAAGUAAGUCUUUGACCUUUGCACCUAGGCCCGGGUAUGGUCAACUUGGAACAAAAUGUAUUGUGAAGGCCAACCAUUUCUUUACUGAGUUACCAGAGAAGGACUUGAAUCAGUAUGAUGUGACAAUUACUCCUGAAGUGUCCUCAAGAACGGUUAACAGAGCUAUCAUGAAUGAGCUGGUGAAACUGUACAAAGAAUCUGACUUGGGAAUGAGAUUGCCUGCUUAUGAUGGUAGAAAGAGUCUAUACACUGCUGGUGAGCUUCCAUUUGCUUGGAAAGAGUUCAAGGUUAAGCUAGUUGAUGAAGAGGAUGGAAUCAAUGGUCCCAAAAGAGAGAGGGAGUAUAAAGUGGUCAUCAAGUUUGUAGCACGGGCAAACUUGCAUCAUUUGGGCCAGUUUCUGGCUGGUAAGCGAGCAGAUGCUCCACAGGAAGCUCUUCAAAUUCUUGACAUUGUAUUGAGAGAGCUCUCUACUAGAAGGUACUGUCCUGUUGGGAGAUCCUUCUUUUCUCCUGAUAUUAGAGCACCUCAACGUCUUGGAGAAGGUUUGGAGUCAUGGUGUGGAUUCUACCAGAGUAUAAGACCUACUCAGAUGGGUUUGUCUCUGAAUAUUGAUAUGUCUUCGGCUGCAUUUAUUGAAGCUCUCCCUGUAAUAGAGUUUGUUGGUCAGCUAUUAGGCAAAGAUGUGUUAUCUAGGCCAUUGUCUGAUUCUGACCGUGUGAAGAUCAAAAAGGCCCUUAGAGGAGUAAAAGUUGAAGUAACACACAGAGGGAAUGUACGAAGAAAGUAUCGUGUAUCAGGACUAACAUCCCAACCUACAAGAGAACUAGUUUUUCCUGUUGAUGAUAAUUCAACCAUGAAGUCAGUUGUGGAAUACUUCCAAGAAAUGUAUGGCUUUACAAUUCAACAUGCACACCUUCCUUGCCUUCAAGUAGGAAACCAGAAGAAGGCUAACUAUUUACCUUUGGAGGCCUGCAAAAUUGUAGAGGGGCAGCGGUAUACCAAAAGGUUGAAUGAGAGGCAAAUUACUGCUCUAUUAAAAGUUACAUGCCAAAGACCCAGGGAUCAGGAAAACGAUAUUCUGCAGACGGUUCAACAUAAUGCUUAUGAUCAAGAUCCAUAUGCAAAGGAGUUUGGGAUCAAAAUCAGUGAAAAAUUAGCUUCUGUUGAGGCUCGGAUUCUUCCUGCUCCUUGGCUGAAAUAUCAUGAAACUGGGAAGGAAAAGGAUUGUUUGCCUCAAGUCGGUCAGUGGAAUAUGAUGAACAAAAAAAUGAUCAAUGGAAUGACUGUUAGCCGGUGGGCAUGUAUCAACUUCUCUCGGAGUGUGCAAGAGAGUGUUGCUCGUGGGUUUUGUAAUGAAUUGGCUCAAAUGUGUCAAGUGUCUGGCAUGGAAUUUAACCCCGAACCUGUUAUUCCAAUCUACAUGGCCAGACCUGAUCAAGUAGAGAAAGCUCUGAAGCAUGUGUAUCAUGCAUCUAUGAACAAACUCAAAGGAAAAGAAUUGGAGCUUCUAUUAGCUAUUUUACCUGACAACAAUGGGUCUUUAUAUGGUGAUCUUAAGAGAAUAUGUGAAACCGACCUUGGUCUAAUAUCACAAUGCUGUCUCACAAAACAUGUCUUCAAGAUUAGCAAGCAGUACUUAGCCAAUGUGUCUCUGAAGAUUAAUGUUAAGAUGGGUGGUAGAAACACUGUCCUUUUGGAUGCUAUCAGUUGCAGGAUACCAUUAGUUAGUGACAUACCAACCAUAAUAUUUGGAGCAGAUGUGACGCAUCCAGAGAAUGGAGAAGACUCCAGCCCUUCAAUUGCUGCUGUAGUAGCUUCUCAGGACUGGCCUGAAGUCACAAAAUAUGCAGGAUUGGUUUGUGCUCAGGCUCACAGACAGGAACUGAUACAAGAUUUAUACAAGACAUGGCAUGAUCCUGUUCGUGGCACAGUUAGUGGUGGCAUGAUUCGGGAUCUUUUGGUUUCCUUUCGGAAGGCGACAGGGCAGAAGCCACUAAGGAUUAUAUUUUACAGGGAUGGUGUUAGUGAAGGGCAAUUUUAUCAAGUGCUACUUUAUGAACUAGAUGCAAUCCGGAAAGCUUGUGCUUCUCUAGAACCAAACUAUCAACCACCAGUUACUUUUAUUGUGGUUCAAAAACGACAUCAUACCCGAUUGUUCGCUAACAACCACAGGGACCGGAACAGCACUGACAGAAGCGGGAAUAUUUUGCCUGGCACAGUGGUUGAUUCUAAAAUUUGUCAUCCGACUGAAUUUGAUUUUUAUCUCUGCAGCCAUGCUGGUAUUCAGGGGACAAGUAGGCCUGCUCAUUACCAUGUUUUAUGGGAUGAGAACAAUUUCACAGCAGAUGGAAUUCAAUCCUUGACGAACAAUCUUUGCUACACAUAUGCCAGGUGCACACGAUCGGUGUCUGUUGUUCCUCCAGCAUAUUAUGCACAUUUAGCAGCAUUUCGAGCCCGAUUCUACAUGGAGCCUGACAUGCAGGAGAAUGGUUCAAAUGGAGGUGGUGGUGGUGGUCAUGCUGCCAAGGCUACACGAGCAUCCGGAGAGACUGGUGUCCGGCCAUUGCCAGCACUUAAAGAAAAUGUGAAAAGAGUAAUGUUUUAUUGUUAGAAGAGGGAAAGAGGGGUGAUGUUGAUUGCAGAGCCAUCAGUGGGAAUGCGGCUAUCAUGCGCUGCUCUUUCAUCUCUAUAGUUUCCUCAUUGUAUAUGUAUGAUAAUUCAUGCCUGGUUGUAAGAACAUCAAAUUUAGAUCAGUGAUUAGAUAGUGCAAGAGAGUUUAGGUUUCUUUGUAACAACUUUGACAGAGUCCCCAUGCCUUGGAAAAAUGCAUGACUAGGCAAUGUAGAAAAUGCCCAAAAUGUAAUCAUUAAUCAGUUUAGGAAUUUUGCUUCAGCCUUGUGAAGAAGAAUAUUAUCAAAGUGUGAGAUGGGCGUCUGUCGUUUGGAAA